AAACUGAAAAAUAUAUUUCUGCUGACCCGAGCUUGUUCUGGAUAAACGGAAAGAGUAGUGGUUGUAGCAGUGCAGUGUAUUUACAUAUAAGAAUCAGCUGAAUAUACUCUUGAUGUCCCUCAUCAGACUAGACGUGACGCUAACAACGUCUGAACACUCGAGGAGAUCUUUCCCUUUAAAUCACAGCCCUGUUAGCGUCAGGGAAACAACAACAGAAUGUGCUUGUGAAAAGAAAAUUAGUAGGAUAGCAUCGUCUGAUGGCAGGAUGAGAACACCAUCGAAAGCUAAAUAUAGAUCUGUGAAGACCGUGAAGGUUCUCGUGAGCAACCCAAAACUUCAUAACUGCUCCCGCAGCAAGUUUGUUGACUAUGAGAUUAACAUAGAGACUAACAACAAGGCCUUCUUCAGUAAACGCUCUAGUGUUAGAAGAAGAUAUUCUGAUUUUUGCUGGCUUAGAGCAAAGCUUUCCAGCACAGAUAUCAGCGGAUUAGGAGGGGAAACAAGUAUUCCAACCCUACCUCCAAAGAGUUAUUUUAGCAGAUUUGAUAAAGGAGUGAUUGAUUCUAGGCGGGAAGGAUUUCAACAUUUCUUAAGCGAAAUCGUCAAGGUAAAUAAUUAUCUAUCAUUUGCUGGUCUUCACCUAUUCCUACAAACACAGCUCCCAAUACAAGAAAUUGAAGGCUUUCUAGAAGGAAAAUAUGGAGAGAAUGCCUCUGUUGAAGACUUAAUACACCCUACAACUCUUUCCAAUUUAAAUGAAGACAAAAAAACUUUAUAUGAAUGCUCAAAUGAAGACUGUACUUUGUUGACUUCCUCCAACUGGGACAUUCCUUCUACAGACAAUGCUUCAACUCAUUGUGGGUCAUAUGAAGUCAACUCUGACAGACUUCUCUCUGAUAGCUAUAGCACUUCUUCAGGGUAUCUGUCAAGCUCUGCAGAAAACAGCUCUUUCAUGUACACAAUGUACAGAUGACUCUGAAGCAAGAGUUUGAAUAUUUUGUUUGGUUUUUUGGGCUUUUUUUUACAAUAAUUUGGUCUGUGA